CGCAAGUAGUUAAAUUUUUUCACAGUGCUGCUACACAACAACAAAUAACGGUGUGCAUAAAAAUCACAGAAAUAUACACGGAGAAAAAACUUCAAUCACUUGCAUUUCAAUAACAAUAAUUGUUGAAUUCAUAUGUAACGCUUCAGAACGAAUUCGAUAUUCAGAAUGGCAGCUCAAUCAGUGAACGCUGGUCAGAAAAUGCUGGUGGAAAUAACGACGGACGGCAUACCGAAGCUUCACUGUCCCGUCUGCAACAAGGCAUUAAUUUCGCUCGCCGGCUACGUGAAGCAUGUAAAAAAACAUGAGCCACCGGGUGGCUUCCGGUGUCGCAACUGUGAGCUUACGUUUUGCCAUGAAGAGCAGAUGAAGGAGCAUCUGAGGAUGACACACAACGCCUACAUCGAGUGUCGCCUGUGCCACAGCCUGUUUGGCAGCGAGGUGGAGCACGAGGCACAUAUCGAGGAGGCGCAUCAGGAGCGUAAAUUUAACGUGACCCAGGAUCAGGAGCUCUUCAAGUGCGAGCUGUGCGGCAAGAGCUUUGCGGAUCGCGAGAGUAGUGUGAAGCAUCAAGCCGAGCACGAAGAAAAAUUCAAAGGGAGCUCCACCAACCAGGCCAAGCAGCAGCGGAACUGUAGACAAGUUCCCACUCCUGCGGAUGCAACUGCGAACGUAGUCAAACGAAAGCGUGGAAGACCUAAGAAAUGUCCAGUGCCAGCCUCAGAGGACAGCGACGACGAUGUUCCGCUGGCCAGCAGGCUAAAAGUUCAGGCGCCUAUGAAACUGAAACAAGAGUUCGUUAGCAGCCAGGAGCUAAGCGACACGGAUGAGGAGUAUCCCGACUUCGAGCCCAACAACAGCGACGAGGAGGCGGAUGCGAAUCAGUUUAAGCUACCUCCUCCAGCGCUCGUCAAAGAGGAAGCCAUCGAUCCCGACUUUGAGUAUCAGGAUGCCAGCGCCUUCGUUAAAAUGGAGGGCAGUAACGGAUUGGACAUCUACAGCAAUGAGAAGGAUAAACUCCUGGACGUGCUGCUCAGACAGGACGAGAGUAUGAAGCCGUACGAGCAUUUGAAAGUGGAGCACGCAACGGGCAUAUUGGACGAGAUUGCCGCUGUGCCCAUGGCCAAGCAGAACGGGGAGGACCACAUGGAGGAGGAUGUGCUGGCACUGCGCGAAACGGAGCCAGACAGUGAGGAGGAGGCCCAACUGCGACCACUCAGCAAAUCCAGUGUAAAGCGCAAAUAUCGAAAGAGAGGAGCUGCUGCCGCCUCUACGGAGGUCCAGGAAGAAACAACGACCGCUCCUCGCCGUGUGGCCAAAAUAACCAAAAAGGAGCUGAAGGAGCGCCUGAAAAUGCUGAGUAAAAUGGAGAAGACGUGGCAGUGUCCACACUGUGUGAAAAUCUAUCACAUCCGCAAGCCAUACGAGAAGCAUCUGCGCGACGACCACAAGCUAAGCGAACAGGCUGUCAAGGAGCUCUUCAAGGAUGCGGAUGCACAUGCCAAGCUGGAUGAGGAAGUGUUCAAAUGCAAGAUCUGCAGCAAGAUCUACUUGGUAGAGAAACGCCUGGAGACGCACAUGAAGGUGCACGGCAAGGACGGCAGCCUGAUCCACAAGUGCCCCUGCUAUUGCAACCUGUUCUUCGCCAGCAAGGAGCUGGCCACACAGCACGCCCACCAGCAGCACAAGGAGCUGCUCUACUGCGAGAAGUGUGACAAGUACAUGACCGGGCAUGACAGCCUGAAGAACCACGAGAAGAACUACCAUGCCCGCAAGGAGCCGCGCAAUCUGCCGCGGAAUCUGAUUUGCGAUAAGUGUGGCAAGAAAUUCACGGGGCGCACCUCGCUCUCGGAUCAUGUGCGCUCCGAAUGUGGGCGAGUGCCCCUAUACGAGUGCAGCGUUUGCUGCAAGCGGCUCUCCACAGCGGGAAUACUGAAAACACACAUGCUCCUGCACCAGUCGGAGACGCCGUACCAGUGCGACAAGUGCGGAAAGACGUUCAAGGUGAAGGCGCAGUACAAAUCGCAUUUGAAGACCCGUCACACAGACAACAAGCCCUACAAGUGCCAUCUCUGUCCCAAGGAGUAUCCAUAUCGGGAAAGCCUUUUAACCCACAUGACUGUGCACACGGGCAUCAAGCGCUUCCUUUGCAACAACUGCGGCAAACGCUUCACAUGCAUCUCCAAUCUUCAGGCGCAUCGAAAGGUGCACGCCGAUACCUGUGGGCAGCUGCCCCUGAAUGCGAAAGCCACGCAAUAUAUGGGCGUGCAGCGGGGCAAACUGCUAAUGGGAGCCAAGCCAGAGGCGGGCAUGGAAUACGAGGAAACAAAAACUCUAAUUGCCCAGGAUGUGAUCGAUCGGGACAUGCCGAUGGCGCAGGAGCUGAACUUUCCAUCCGAUGGCAGCGCGCCGCUGGCAACGGUUCCACUCAAUUAUGCUUCAUCACAUCUGGUGCCGCACAUUGUGCUGCAGACGAUGCAGGCUGAGGCAAGGACACAGGAUUAGCUUAGGUUUUAAAAAAUAAAGACGCUUUUUGUAUAUGGA